UGCGUAUUGUUGAUAAACAGAAAAAUGUUAAUAAAAUUGCUGCUGGUCGUGUUAAUUAUUCUUAAAUUGUUUUCGCAAAAUGGGGCUGUCACGCAUUGGGUCGUCACCGAAACAGGAAGAAUACAGGCAUACAUGGAAUCGCCUUAUGACAUGCGCAGACCAUACGACUUACUAGCUUUAAUGGAGCAGGAAAAACGUCACGAAGAAAUAAGCUCACUGUACAAUGAUCUAAUAGUCAGCAAAUUAAUAAUAGAAGAUAAAUGGUCGUCUUUGGAAAGAACAUCAAAUUUAGGCAACAAAUUUACUUCCAGCGAUCCUGAUUGCCUAGCUGCAGGCAAACUGUUUCUAGACAUCGACCUAUUUUCGAACAUAGCCACCAACGGUUCAGAGAGAAACAUCAAAAUCCCCUUCAACACGAAAUACGACGCCAUCAUUAAAAACCACCACCCGCCUGAUUGCAGCGCUCACACGAGACUGUACACCGGCCCCUGGCCCUACCACGAAGUUCCGCCCCUGAGUGCCGACAACGGCAUCAUGGUCGCCCCCGACGAGUCCCUGAGACAUUUCAUGCCCAUCGAGAAUAUUAAGCUGUUCGGGCACGAGAUCAAUCAGGGUUUAAAAAAGAACAGCUCGUCGUGGCUGCACUACAAUAUGGCGGCCAUUUAUUGGAGAAUCAAGGGAGACGGCCCCAAAGCGGUGGCUUGUGUGCAAAGGGCCAUACAUUUUGUACCAAUCGAAUUUAGGGACAUUCCGGUGCAUAACCUGGCGGGUAUUCUCCACCAAUCGCGUCACUCGAAAGAGGCGGCCAUGUUUUUGCACAGCUGUGUUGAUCAUGCACCCAAAGAAGCUAUACACCAUCUAGCUCUGGGUAAUGUUUACGCAUCUCUGGGCGAUUAUAACAAAUCCGUGCACUAUUAUGACCAAUAUUUAAAUUUAAAACCCGAUCAAAAGGACGUUAUCGCCAAUAGGCACGCCAUUUUGUGUUAUUGGAAGCUGGAGACCGGGUUGAUACAGCUUCAAGAAUCUCUGCAGGGUAUACUGGCCGACUUGCACACCUACCACAGCCAGCAGCAGCAGUGGUUGCGUUUGCAGGAAAGGUUGAUGUGGGAACAUUCCUCCUUCGAAGUGCAAAUCGAAGGUUUCCACAACGACGCCGUCGAAACGCCCUCUAACGGCAAAAAGAUGCAACGCUGCUUCCAGAAAACCUCCGCCAGCAACAAGCCUUACAUUUCCUGCGAGGAUUUUUAUAACUCCCGGCCGGACUUGGACAGUCUCAACGUCGAAAGUCUUUUCAACUACGUCAAAAUGGAAAAGAGGAAGCUCAACGACCACAUCAAGUACGCGAAAGCCUUGAAAAAGAACAAAACCGCCAACGAGAAGAAGUCGGUCGGCAGAACCCCCCCUCUGCUGCACCACAAGUACCCCACCACCAUGAGCACGGCCACGAAUCAAUACUACGACGCCACAGGCUGGCCAACCAAAGACGAAUGUCUGCAGUGGAACCUGCCGGUUCACCAGAAAGAGGAUUUGGAUUUGCCUGUCUAUUUGCCUCCGGAAAAUAAAGGAUAUCAGAUUCAGAAAAUUUUAGGGGAGUUCAUAGACCUACCCAAAGGUACCCAACACGACUUGCCAUGGCACCCGCCAGUUUGCGAACACCCUGAUACCGACGGCGACAAAUAUUUACCACCCAGCGAAAAGCAAGCUUUAAAUAUACAGCUAAAAAGCUCACCUUUUUUGAAGAGUUACUUGUUGAAUUAUGUUGAUGAUGAAAUCAGCGACGAAGCUGAAAUAGGGCAAAGAAUAAUAACGGCUAUGGAAAAGAAAAGCGCACCCCGUUGGGUGCUAGCUACACUAGCUAGUCUAUAUUGGAGAGUAAGGGGCAACGCUAGACGUGCUUUGGAUUGCCUGGACCUAGCUUUCCAAAUAGUACCAAAAGAGCCGACAGAUGUCGUUUUGGUGUCUAUAGGUUCCCUCGUGUACCAACUUGGUUUCAACGACCAAGCUUUAAAGUUUGCCACCUUGGCUUUCAAAAUUAACUAUGUGGAACCGAGCACCAAUUUUUUGCUGGCCCUGCUGCACUACUCCAAACAUAACCCCCUUCUGGCCAUGUACUACAUGAAGAAUGUUUUGAGAGUUGAACCGGAUUAUUAUGAUGGUAAAGCGGAAGAGUUACUCAAAUUAUGGUCCUGCAGGGUUAAAUUGGGAGGUUUUACUACCACAAAGUUUAGUACCUUACCUGAACAACCUGUUAAUGGCAUGUGCGUUAAAAAAGACGCCAGUUUCAAAGGCGAAGGUGUUCUAUGCUCUCCAAAUGGCGAACAAUGUAAGACGGCUUCUAUACAGUGCUACCCCACAAAUUUAGGCGCUGAAGAGCUGAAAAAACCGUCGUGCUUCUCCGGUAACAGCCACAGCAGCGAAAAAAUCGGCCUGGGCCACACUCUCAUCUCCACGUUGCUCUCGAGCGACGGAGGGGCGUCGGGGGACGUGGAGCCGGACCAAUCGAAGCUCGAAUCGGUGACCGACGAGGGCGACAACAAGCCGCCUGCGCACGCGUUCCACAUGCGGCUCUCGCUGGGCGAGAAGCACCCGGCGCACGAGCACGCCAGGCUGGGCGACUUUUUCGUUGGUGUUGUAGUUUCGGUCGCCCUCUCCGACGACCCGGAACGCGAGAACCUGCUGCACGUCUACGACCAGUUCGGGACCUACUCGCUGAGCCCCAGCGGGUGCAAGAACAUGAAGAUCACGCAGGAGUUCAAGUACACUUCCGUGUGGCCCAGCAUCGCCGCAAGGAGUUUGGACAUAACACCAUUCUUGAGGUCCAGCUAUGAGUAUGUAGUUUCAAAGCUGGAACCUUACUGCACGGAAGUGAUUCCGGGCAACAUGAACACUUUGGACUACUUACGUUCGGCCGCGUUCAAACUCCAGUUGGGAAACGCCCCCGACGAGGACCUUGCGGAACUCCUCGGGCUGAUGGCCAGCGAUAGAAGAGCGUCGGUCGAAGAGUUGGGCUACAAAAUCGCGGUGGCUCUUGAAGACAACGAGGAAUCCUGGAUUCUAGCGGUGGCCGCGUCGGUUUAUUGGCGAGUGAUCGGCAACAGCGGCGAGGCGUUGUCAUGUCUACGUGUCGCGUUGACUUAUGUACCGGACGAAAUGAGAGACGUGCCUCUCAAUCACAUGGCGAAUUUGCUGAACAGGGUUGGUUAUCAUUCCGACGCGUUGGAGAUAGCACAUCUGGCCUUGGGGAUAUACAAUAACUUCGUUUUGAAUCAUUUUACCAUUGCGAACAUACACAUUUCAAUGGGCGAACUGGAAAAGUCGGUGGCGUUCUACCGAGCCUGCCUGGCUUUGGACUCGAACUUUUCGCCGGCGCGUUACAAGCUGCAAGCAGUGCUGUGCACCCUUCUAUUCGACGAGGGGUCAGCCCCGAAGCCGAACAAGAAAAUCGAGCAAGACUGACCUAAGUUGUACGUUGCGAAGUUUAAGGACGGCCAAUCUUAAAUCCACCGCGAAAAUAAGCAUUCCACUGGACGGGGCUGUAAGACGUAAGUUUUUGUUUUUGUUGGUUAUGUUGAUGUAUUGUAGC